AACUUCAGCAGACCCAACUCUCCACUCCUCAAUCGUCUCAACCUCAUCACAAUGGCAGCCGGACGAAGUGCAGCGCUCAAGCUCGACUGGGUUAAAGUCACCACCUCCCUCGGUCUUCGCGGCCAAACCGUCACCUCCCUCCAGGCCUUCAAGAAGCGCAACGAGGAUGCCCGUCGCCGAGUAACCCAACUCUCCGAGCAGUCCUCCAAAGUCGACUUCGCACACUACCGUUCGAUUCUGAAGAACCAAGCCGUUGUUGACGAGAUUGAGAAGCAUUUCAAUUCGUUCAAGCCCGCGACAUACGAUGUUGGGAGACAGAUUAAGGCGAUUGAGGCUUUUGAGGCACAGGCUGUGAAGAAUGCCGAGGAGACCAAGGGACGUGUUGAUUUGGAGCUGGAGGAUUUGGAGGCAACGUUGAAGAAUAUUGAGGAGGCGAGGCCGUUUGAUGAGCUCACUGUGGACGAAGUCGCUGCUGCUCGCCCAGACAUCGACGAGAAGACAUCUCAACUCGUUUCCAAGGGGCGCUGGUCAGUACCAGGCUACAAGGAAAAAUUUGGCGACCUCUCGUUGCUGUAGACAACCACAGAGCAUCUUUCCCUAUGUUAUCUGUACUACUGUAAAUAGCGGUCCGAUAGAAGAAUCGAACAAUGUUGGCAUUUUGGCUGGAA